UCAGCACUCCAUCCAGCUAUCCUUACCCUGAGCCUGCUCGCAGAGACUUGUGAUUCAGCCAAAGUCGCACUCCAGGCAGAUCCCACCCCGAUCGCAGAGGCACCUUCACUCGAUCUCCUGCGCAAAGACUACCUCUCGAUUCUUACUCUGAUUUACACCAAUACUACAAAGGCAUCACUCGUCCUUCGUCCGUCACCUGCCUACAAAGCUUCGCUCGCGCCAUUGCAAGAGUUGACGAAAUAUGUCUCGUCGCUCGCGACCUGCACAACGCUGUUCGAUGCACAUGGCCUCAUUCUAACCAAGGAGGUAAGGCGGCACUCGAAUGACCUUCUGGAGCAUGUCAGAGUAUUUGCGCAGACUCUGCAGCAACAGGAUGAUCUUUCGAGCAAGGAGUACCUCAUUCGCGCUGGAGCUGUCCACGAUGCUGUAGAGCAAAUUCGGAAAGCGCUUCCGGCGGAUAACAGAGCAGCUGUCCAAGGACGGCUAUCGAGUGAUAGGGAUAUACUUACAGACUGCUUGGGGGAAGUGCAGGAGAUGGUGAAGGAGGGUUGUGGAGAGGAGGGCGAGUUAGACGAUUGGGUCGACGAGGAUGGCCUGGAGGAGCUUGGCCUUGGCACGAGCAAACCGCUAUCUGAAGCGGAAUGCCUCCGCGCGAAACGGGUGCGAGUGACCAUUCUCAUAAAGUGGACCUGUACACUUCACAAGAAGAUUCUACGUGACUUACGAUCACAGGUCUUCAAGGAUCUCCCAGUCCAAGCACUCGAUACACUACCUAGUCACUCGCACGGGCUACUGAUUGCCUCGGAGGACCUUGUGGCAUCCCUCUAUGCGCCUCAGGACUCUGCCGCGAUUCUGCGCGCGGUCAAGUCCAUAGACGACAAAUUUCAAGACUUUAAGAAAACGCUGUUUGCUUCGACGAGCAGUGUGGAAGAGCUGGAGGAGAAGAUGGACAAGGCGACCUUAAGCGACGCGGGCUCAUCACAAAAGAACGCAGAGCUGCCACAUGGCUACGAUACUUCGUACCGUGUACUUGCUACAUGUGUCUCCAAAGCAUCGGAGGAAAGCCCUCCGUCACUCUGA